CUGACGCCAUCUCCGCGCGCCCGGCUUGGGGGGGGCGCUGGGUGUGGGGCGGCUCCGGGGCCGGGGAUGGCGGCGGCCGCUGUGGCGGCGGCUCCGGGACGAGCAGGAGGAGCCCGAGGAGCGCCGUGAAAUGGGCCGGCUCCUAAGAGAGCAGGGAGGACACUGCUUCUUAACUCCAGCUGCUUCGAAGCCCCACCCAAAGCUCAGGUAAUCCAGGCACUUUGGAGACCCUGUUGCAGAAACACAUCUGGGAAGCAGCGUGGGAAAACAGGACUGAGUGUAAUAGACAUGGCCUUUGAAUCCCAGGAACUGGAGCCUGAUUCAGAGAAAUAGAUGUGGGCGCCCCAGCCAGCAGCAGCGCGGGGUGCAGGGGAGCCACAGAGAAGCCCCUUCUGAUGCCCCAGGGAGCACGCCGCCUCCUCCCAGGCUCCAGGAACACCGCAAAGCAAUAUGAAACCUGCUCAUGAAAGGAGCCAGGAAUGCCUUCCGCCAAAGAAACGAGACCUCCCAGUCGCCAGCGAGGACAUGGGGAGAACUACCAGCUGCUCGACCAACCACACACCCUCCAGUGAUGCCUCCGACUGGGCCCGAGGGCUGGUGGUGGCUGGGCAGAGCCAGGCCGGAGCCAGGGUCAGCCUGGGGGGCGACGGAGCCGAGGCCAUCGCCAGUCUGACGGUGGACCAGUAUGGCAUGCUGUAUAAGGUGGCUGUGCCGCCGGCCACCUUCUCCCCCACCGGCCUCCCUCCGGUGGUGAACAUGAGUCCCUUGCCCCCCACGUUUAAUGUAGCGUCUUCACUGAUUCAGCACCCAGGAAUCCACUACCCCCCGGUCCACUAUGCUCAGCUCCCCUCCGCCUCCCUCCAGUUCAUCGGGUCUCCGUACAGCCUGCCCUAUGCCGUUCCGCCCAGCUUCCUCCCGAGCCCCCUCCUCUCGCCCCCCGCCGGCCUCACCACCUCUCACCUGCCACACUUUGUGCCAUAUGCCUCACUCUUGGCAGAAGGAGCCACUCCUCCCCCGCAGGCGUCCUCCCCAGUCCACUCAUUCAGCAAAGUCCCCACUGUUACCUCCCCGCCAGGGCAGCUGCCCCAUCCCGCGAGCACUCAGCCCCUGGACCUCGCCCCAGGCCGGAUGCCCAUUUAUUAUCAGAUGUCCAGGCUGCCUGCCGGCUACACCGUGCAUGAAACCGCUCCAGCAGGUGCCAGCCCGGCCCUCGCCCCUCAGGAGGGCCAGUCUGCUCUGGACGCCACCACUGCCAAUGGACAGCGACAGCGAGAGCGAAACGUAGCGCGAAGAGAAAGCGAAGCCCUGGAGUCGCCCAGCAGCAAGAGCGAAGGCCAGGCGCUGGGGCCGGCGGUGGAGUGCGUGGUGGACGGACAGUUGUUUUCAGGUUCGCAGAGUGCACGGGUGGAGGGGGCAGUGCCGGCUCACCGAGGGACCCCCGACACUGAUCUCGAGGUCCAGCGGGUCGUUGGCACAUUAGCUUCUCAGGACUAUCGGUUGGUGGCAGCUCCGAGAAAGGACGAGCCCAGCCCCCUCAACCUGUCCCAUCAUACCCCUGACCACCAGGGGGAGGGCCGGGGGGCAGCCAGGAACCCAGCCGAGGCGGCCGAGAAAAAUCAGGCCCGAGGGUUCUACCCGCAGCCCCAUCAGGAAGCCGCGAGACACAGACCCUUACCCAAAGCGAUGGUGGUAGCCAACGGCAACCUGGUGCCCACCGGAACUGACCCAAGCCUACUCCCUGUGGGCUCGGAGAUCCUGGUGGCGUCAAGUCUGGAUGUGCCGACCAGAACCUCCUUCCCAGACAAGGAGCCCACGCCGCCCCCUGUCCCCGCCGCCCACUUGCCCUCCCACUUCAUGAAAGGCGCCAUCAUCCAGCUGGCCACCGGGGAGCUGAAGCGGGUGGAGGACCUCCAGACCCAGGAUUUCGUGCGCAGUGCCGAAGUGAGCGGGGGACUGAAGAUUGACUCGAGCACGGUGGUGGACAUUCAGGAGAGCCAGUGGCCUGGGUUCGUCCUGCUGCAUUUUGUGGUGGGUGAGCAGCAGAGCAAAGUGAGCAUCGAGGUACCCCCCGAGCACCCCUUCUUCGUGUAUGGCCAGGGCUGGUCGUCCUGCAGCCCCGGGCGGACUGCACAGCUCUUCUCCCUGCCCUGCCAUCGGCUCCAGGUGGGCGAUGUCUGCAUCUCCAUCAGUUUACAGAGCUUGAACAGUCACCCCGUGUCCCAGGCCAGCUGCGCUCCCCCAGGCCAGCUGGGGCCUCCCCGGGAGAGGCCCGAGAGGACAGUCUUGGGACCCAGAGAGCAGUGUGACAGUGAGGCGCAGAGCGAGCCAUCAGGCGAGGGCCCCCGGGGGGUGGAGCCCUCGGCGGCGGAGCCCGGUGCUCAGGCCUGCCGGCCGGCUCCCAACUUCCAAAGAUACGGCGGCCAGGGGCCGGAGGCGCGGGCCGCGCUGCUCAGGCCCUCCUUCAUCCCGCAGGAGGUCAAACUGUCCAUCGAAGGGCGUUCCAACGCCGGCAAGUGAGCCUCUGCCCGGGCAGCACCGGGGCGGCCCCCCAGCAGCUGGGCCUCACCGCCAGCAGGUGGAGGAUUUGCACAUGCCAAGCAGGGACUGGCUCUCUUGGCAGUCAGGGGGGGGGGGUGGGGGGCUGGCUGGGGGGUGGGGGUGGCCCGAAGGCGGCGUUCCCCGGGCAGAGUCUGUGUUCACCCACGGCAUCCUUCUCGGAUGUGACGGGGAGCAGCAGGCCUGGGCUGAGGAAGGAAGGGGGUGCGAGCCCGAGAAGAAACAUUCCAAAUCCCAGGCCCCCCCCUUCCUCCCCCUCCCUGGCUCCCGCGAAGGCAAAGGCAGGCUCUGGGAGCAGGUGGCGAGGGAGGGAGUCCAGAAAGAGCCAAAAACUGAGGAUCCACAGCUUAGCGUAGCAGUUGAACUGUCUGAAGCUCCCCCUCUUUCGUGGUGGGAGGGAAAGGCCCCUUGGUGGAAACCAGGGUCCCACCCGGACCCCUUCUGAGAGCUCUGCACUUUAAAGAGUUGUCGGAGGCCGGAG